GCAGUCAGACACAUGAAGCUAAACUCCCGGGACUACGAGUCUGCCGGUCCACAGAAGAUGACAGGGCCUCUGUUCCUGCUGCUGGCCAUCGCUGCAGCUCAGUCUAUAAAUGCAUCAGACGGGUGCCAGGAGGAGGUGGCUCAGCUGCGGGAAAAAGAGAAGCUUCUGAAGAUGGAACUUGAGAAAAAACAGCUCCUCAUAGACAGAUUACGAACACUGAACCAACCUGGCAACCCAGGAAAAGUGAGCGUGAACCAGAGCCAGGACACACAGUUCACAGAUUGCUCCCAGGUCUUCAGUGCUGGCUCCAGAUCCAGUGGUUUAUACUGGAUCCGGCCCGCUGGAAGCCCCGCUCCCAUCGAGGUGUUCUGCGAUAUGAGCGACAGAGGAGGAUGGACCGUCAUGCAGAGACGGAUCGAUGGAUCAGAGGCUUUUAAUAGGUCUUGGGCAGAGUACAAGGAUGGUUUUGGAAACAAGGAAGCAGAAUUUUGGCUUGGGAAUGACAAUCUGCAUCGCAUUACCUCUCAGGGGAAUUACUCUCUGAGGAUCAACUUGGAGGACUUCGAUGGGAAUCAGCGCUACGCCGAGUACCAGAACUUCAGAGUAGCUGAUGAAAAGGAGAAGUACCGCCUGACCUUUGGAGCCUAUGUGGGGACAGCUGGAGACGGCUUCUCUGGGAACUUCAUGGUGGGAGUGUCGGCGUGGGCCAGCCACCAGGGCAUCCCAUUCAGCACCCACGACCAGGACAACGACAACUACGAGCAAGGGAACUGUGCCCAGGAGGACAAAGGAGGCUGGUGGUUCAACAAGUGUCACUCAGCCCACCUGAACGGUCGGUACUAUCCCAAGGGGCACUACAGCGCCAUGACGGACGACGGCGUGAUUUGGUACACUUGGAGAGGAUGGUGGUACUCCCUCAAGGCCAGCGUCAUGAAGCUGCGGCCCACCGACUUCAGAAUCGAUCCAGUCGAUGAUUCAAAUGCAGUUCAGCACAGCCCACCAUCCUAGAACAGGUCACGCCUCCUCGGAUGAAUUCCUCAGCUGAGGGGAAACAAAGAUGAACAGGAAUUCAUAACCCGCUGACGAGAGGUCCAUGAUUCGCACUGAUGUUGCAACAGGAAGCAGCAUGCACACACAGCAGUCUGCUUCGCUGGAGAAAAGGGGAAUCUGUGUGUGUGUUUGUGUGCUUGCUUCAAACUGCAGAGUGUGAACAAACACGGCUUCACAGUAUAUCUCUGUUAUAAACACGACAAGAAAUAAAAUAUAAAACCACUGCACCUUGAUUUAUGUCACUGGCAUCAUUACUGUCAUGCUGCUGUAUUUCGUUAUUUGUUAUAAAGAGGUUGGUGUCUUUGAACUGAGAGCGUUCAGACAUGUAGUGAAGUUGAAAGUGAUGAAUAUGACUCGGUCUGCUGGGAUUUUCAGGAUCAUCCAUCUCCAGAGUUUACAGGGAAUGAUGAGGAACAGAGAAAAUACCCAGAGAGCAGCAGUGUUCUGGGUGAAAACACCUUGUUAUGAACAGACUGGUUAGAGGUGAUCGAGAAAGAACCACUGGUUCCAGCCAAGUGAGCAGAAGAACAUCUGUGAGCUUUUCUUUCAGAGUGAAGCUUGAAGCUGAAGCCAACAAUUCACACGAAGUGAAACACGACAUGAAUGUUCAAACACACUCAGUGUUUUGGAUGUUUUGGGAGGAGAGUGUUGUAAAACAGUCCUGUCUAGAACCUCCCAGACGUGUUGAGCUGAGUUGACAGCGUGUCUCUUAAACUGAACUGUGACCUUUUGCUGAUGUGCAGCAUGACAGUGGCUUGCAGUGGCAAGACGUUUAAUGGCUUGAAAUUACACACUGAGGAGUUGGCAUGUUCUCGCUCUGCAUGCUCAUGAAAGAUCUUUCAUCUUCAUGUGUAACCCCUGUGAUGAAGUCAGAGAAUGUUCAGUGUGUUCUGUGUGGCGAAAUGUCUGGUUUGUGUGCUCCUGAUUAUCUCUGUUUGCACUGGAAAUACUGGAUACUUAUGCAGAGCGUAUCUUGCAUUCCACCCUGUGUUGGCUACAACCGGUUACUUUUCUGAGACUAGCAAACAGAAAAAGAACAAAUGGGACAUAUCUCCUGAUUUGAUCCAUAAAAAAAAAAAAAAAAAAAAAUUGAAGACGCUGAUUUGCAGACUAAAAUUAUUCCAAUUCUAAAUCCC